AUGAUUUGGCUUGUGGCUUUCCUGUCCUGCAUAGGACUGAUUUGUGCUGAAACACCCAUCAACCACAAUGUGCAAAAUCAGAGGGUCAUAGGAGGCCACGAUGCUGCACCCAACACCUGGAAAUGGCAGGUUUCUCUCCAGCAUGAUUCAUACAAUGAUGGUUAUUUCUACCACAUCUGUGGAGGUACUAUCAUUGAUGGUUUCCACAUUAUGACUGCAGCUCACUGCAUCCUCAGCAUGGACCCUAGUGAGUACCGUGUGGUGGCGGGUGAAUAUAAUCUGUACGAGUACGAUUUCAGUGAGCAGUUCAUCGGUGUGGACAGGAUUGUCAUCCAUCCUGAAUGGAACGGAGACCUUGGCAAAGGUAAUGACAUUGCCAUCAUGAGACUGGCUGAGCCUGUGUAUGACAACGGCUAUGUGGCUAUCGCCAGCCUCCCCGCUCCUGGCCAGAUGCUGCCUCAUGGCUUCACCUGCUACAUCACCGGCUGGGGACUUAUGGACUAUGUAGGGAGCGUCCCUGACAUUCUCCAGGUGGCUGCCAUCCCUGUGGUGGAGCAUUCAGUCUGCUCCCAGCCCGACUGGUGGGGCAGCAUUGCUCUGAAAACCAUGGUGUGUGCAGGAGGGGAUGGAGUCAUUUCAGGCUGCCAGGGCGACUCUGGAGGUCCCCUGAACUGUUACACCGAUGGAGCUUGGAGAGUCCAUGGUGUUGUCAGUUACGGUCCAUCUGGCAUGUGCAACCAAGUGAAAAAGCCCACUGUCUUCACCAGAGUCUCUUCCUUCCAAGACUGGAUGUUUUCAGUAAGACUUCUUUUACCUCCAUGA